GCACUAAAGAAAUGCCACAAAACCCUCUCGCCACCUAAAACCUCUCUCUCUCUCUCUCUCUCUCUCUUCGCCAUCACCGACCUUCGGUCCCCAACCAUGUCCCAUUCUCUCACCGUCGCCGCGUCAAACCCCGUCCUCUCCCCCUUCCCUCGCUCCUCCGCCGCCGCGAGCCCUCUCCUCCGCCGCUCGCUCUUCGGCGCUCCCUCGUCUCCCCAGCCACCCCCGCUCCUUCGCGGCACGCGCUGCGUCGCCCGCCUAGGGUUCAAUCCCGACCCCGAGAGCGCGGAGGUUUUCGUCAAGGAGCUCUUCGGCAGGGCCGAGGGCUUGCUCUACACGAUCGCCGAUGCUGCCGUCUCGUCCUCCUCCGAUGCCGUCACGAGCACUACGGUCCCCAAGCAGGACGGCGAUUGGCUCUCCGGCAUCUCCAAUUACAUGGAGAGCGUUCUCAAGGUCCUAAAGGAUGGGCUUUCUACAUUGCACGUACCAUAUGCAUAUGGAUUUGCAAUUAUUCUCCUGACAGUACUUGUCAAGGCUGCUACAUUUCCGUUGACAAAGAAACAGGUAGAAUCAGCUAUGGCAAUGCGCUCUCUGCAACCACAGAUAAAAGCUAUUCAGGAACGAUAUGCAGGUGAUCAGGAGAGAAUUCAACUUGAAACUGCUCGAUUGUAUAAACUAGCUGGAAUAAAUCCACUAGCAGGUUGCUUGCCUACACUUGCCACUAUACCAGUGUGGAUUGGGCUUUAUAGGGCUCUUUCAAACGUGGCAGACGAGGGACUCCUUACAGAAGGUUUCUUCUGGAUACCUUCCUUGGCUGGACCAACAACAAUUGCAGCUCGACAAAACGGAAGUGGCAUCUCUUGGCUUUUUCCUUUUGUAGAUGGUCAUCCACCCCUUGGAUGGUCAGAUACACUGGCAUACCUUGUCUUGCCCGUGUUGCUGGUUUUUACUCAGUACAUGUCUGUCCAAAUCAUGCGGUCAUCUCAGAGCAAUGAUCCAAGCUUGAAGAGUUCCCAAGCAAUAACAAAAUUCCUACCUCUAAUGAUUGGAUAUUUUUCCCUUUCUGUUCCCUCUGGCCUAAGCCUUUAUUGGCUGACAAACAACAUUUUGAGCACUGCACAACAAGUAUGGCUUCAAAAGUUUGGUGGUGCUGAAAAUCCGCUCAAACAAUCUGGCAGCAACAACACAAUUAAACUAGAUGAAACUCGAAAUCAGAAGAGUGCAUCUGAGUUUAUCUCUACCAAGAAGGUUCAAGAAAAGGAAAAUUUGACUGUGGAAGGACCCCGCCCUGGUGAAAGGUUCAAGCAAAUAAAGGAGCAAGAGGAGAGGAGGCGGCGGGAGAGAGAACAGCAAAAGAAAGAUGCAAAACUGGCUGUUAAAGAAAUUCCAGUGGCAGAUGAAAGGCAUGAAAAAGAAACUAGUGUGCAGGAGGUAAAUAAUGAGACUAGACCACCAUUGGUGGAUAAGAGCACUGAAGAACCUCAGUAUGCGAAUAGGACUUAUCAUUCGUCAAAUGGUGGAGCAGUCGUCAAUGGCAACCUUUCGAGUCCUGAACUGCAGGAAGACAAGAAUGCAUCACCUGCUAGGUCAGAUAAAGGUGCUGUUGUCACAAAUAAUGAUGUCGAAAGGAGUGAUAACUAGAAUGUAGAUGAAAUCAUGGCGAAGUCAAAGCAUCCGAGUUGCAUAAGUUCCUCAAUGACACAGACACGACAAUAAAAGAGGAGUUGAGGAAAAGAAGACAUGUAGCGGUAAAUGUAUCGACUCUUGCUUGAGGACACAGACAUAAGGAGAGGAGCCGGUGUGAAGGCAAAGAAGCCAUGUACGAACUAGUAAUACCACUAAGUCCAGGAGACCGGGAUACUCUUGUCUUGGACUGAUGAGGAAAAACAUGAAGCCCCUUGACGUAGCAUACUGGCUCGAAGAUGACUUCUCGUUAAUUGCACUUGUGACAGCCUCUUCUGUGAAGUUCUCAUUAACAUAUUUGGGCCUUGUGCAGAUAUAACAAGAGCCUGAGUGAAAGAUAUGCAUGUGUGAUGCUGACACCUAAGAGAUUUUUCCUCCCUUCUUCUACUCCGUCCUGAAGAGUAAUUAGGGCCAAUUCAGUCAUGUUUUCAUGUUCAGUAGACUUUCCCAAGUGAGAGGGUGUACCCUCUGUAUUCUUUGUACAAAAGCAGGUUGUGACCGGUAUGUAUUCUAACUUAAUGAGAAUUGAGGCUGGAAGUUUUGAGCUCAUUGAACAAAA